AUUAAUUAAAGUGUUACUUAGUGUUCUAAUUACCUGUCAAAAAAAUAAAUUCAUUAAUUUUUCAUCUCAAACCCCCCUUAAAAUUUAAAUUGUCAAAAUAACUAUAAGUCAAAUAAAUAAAUUAAAAUUAGUGUCUAGCAGAUAAUUAUAAUAGUAAUUUUGAUAAAAAUAAAUUAAUGGGAGGACGACGAGGAUUUAAUCGAGGUCCUCAGCAAAUAUAUACACCAGGUAGUGGUCCAUUAAAAAAAUCGGAUCGUCAAGAUGAGUAUGAGUACGAAGGGAGUUUGCCAAAAUCAUCAGUCCAAGAUCGACUCAAAAGGCCUUUCAAUAAUAUUAAUCUAAACAGUUCCUCAGACAAUUCGAAUAAUUCUGUCAACAUGUUGGCUGAUAAAUUAAAUGACGUUCAUGUAAAUCGCUCGCGUCAAUUUAUAAACGAUCGCCAUUAUGAUAAAUCAGUUAAUAGUCAGCAUGCUGAUUUAGAUAGACGUAGAAACAAAAAACCUGAACAGCAAUUAUACGUGCCUAAGAAAAUUCACGAGUCAAUAAAUGAACCGGACACCAGACCAGUGACGUGGGAACGCGAGAAGGAUCAAGACAAACGCGACUGGGAGACUCAGUCCAAUCGGAGCCGGAAUGACUCAAGGAAUCGUCCGAGUCGGCAGAGCAGCGUUUCCAGUGCUGAUAAGAAUAUUGAAAAGAACUCCAGGAACAAAGACGGAAAACGGUACACAGGGCGCGUCAAUAGGGACAAAGAUGACAAGGAUAAUUGGCGGCCUGAAUCUCCGGUUAAUAAAAAUUACAAUCGGUCGACGCGGGACCAGAGACGCAGACAAGGCUCGGAGCCACCGGAUGACUACAUGUAUCGAAACCGGGAUACCAGGAAUGUGGACCAGGGAAUGGACAAAUAUCCGCGGAAGCCGCCGACUGGAAGACGUAAUCCUAAAAUGAAUGCUUUGAAGAUCGAAUCUUUGCCGCCGAGAUUGCAGCGUAAAUAUUUUGAAGAAAAUGGCAUUGAGCCACCGGUCAGUCAUCAUAAUGGUGAACCCUGGGAGUCUGUUGGUAUGCCGAAUUACAAUAAUUAUUACUCGUCUAUGCCACCGCAGAUGAUAAAUUUACCGGCGUCUAUUCCUGGACCUGGGCAUGGAUUUGGAGCAAAUUCUGGUGGAGUAUCAGUUGGACCUGGACCUGGUUCUGGCUCUGGUCCCGGGUCAUUGAUGGGGUCCAUUCCUAAUCCUGUAAUGUCUAUUGGAGUAAAUCCUAAUGGACCUGGUCCUGGAGCUUAUGGAUCUCAGCAGUGGUCGAAUACUUUGCCAGGACGUAGUCGCGGUCGCGGUAGAUUUAGACCAGAAGAGCUGGAUGUUCCUAAUUAUCGACCAGGAACUCCGGAUCAGUACUCGGCGCCCAGCACACGAUCGCACACUCCAAGUCAGGAAGUGAUGACUCGUUCGUAUGAUCGUCGAGGCAGCAACAGCACCAUGUGCACCAGCAUGGAGAGUCUCAGUCGCGCGGACAGUAUUUUAAUGCCACCUCCCCUCUCACCGGCGUCUUAUCGCAACCAAUCGGAAGGAAACCGACGUAAGCCUUCGCCGACAAAUAAAACUUGCUACUCUUCACGUUCCAACAAUAUGAAUGAAGUAAAUACUGAGAGAAAUAAUUACCACAGUCCAUCUAAAACUGAGCCAAGCUCGCUGUCGGAUUUGCCAUCGGAAACUUUGGAUUGGAGCGAAGAAGUUGAGCUGUCAGAGAAAUUGGAAAACGAACGGCUGAGUCGCAGCUCGUCUGUCAUGAGUUUCAAUGACAAUGCCAGUGUUGGUAAUCAAGCUGGUGCUGGCGGCAAACGGACUCGAUCAAAGAAGAAGAAACGUGAGCGUAAACGCACCGGAGACCUGGACGAUUCUCUGGAUCACGAUCACAGGAACGAUCGCCAGAGCAGUCGCGAGAGAAAAAAUAAUCAAUACAACCGCGAAAAUAGCAACAGCAAUAAUAAUUAUAGUAACAAUAGAAGAUUUGAUAGGAGGAGAAGAGAGUCUAAUAGUCGUGAUGAAGAAAACUGGAGAACUGGAAAACGGGUGUCGAUAUGCGAGUCCGAAGACGGCAAAAGUGUUUCUUCAGUAAGUGCCGGUCAUGCUCUUACUAGUGAGCCAAAUUCUUUGCUAUCGACAUCUCCAAUGAGGAACAACGUCCAGCAGCCAGGAGUCCUGGUGCUUCCAGAAGCACCACAGUCGCCGCCUUACAACAAAGAUGCGCGGUUCAAUCAACGUAAAACGCUCUUUGAUCCCAAUAAUCCCAACAAACCUAUUGUUGUUCCGUCACCAGGAAGCAGAGCCUCGAUACCCGCAGAGACAACGCCACCUAAAAUUGUUCCUCAUCGCGCGCCUUCGCACUUUCAGCAGAGUCUCCAACUGGACGGAGUCCCGCCGCAGUAUGUCGCUGAUCAGAUUAACAACGCAAGGCCUAUUUGGUACGACGCCUGCUCGGACAAUCUGAAGAACGCGGUCUUGCUGAGGGGAAUCGAGACGGUAGAUCGCGAGCUCGAGUGGCUGCUCACUUCCGGUGGCCUCACUGCCAAUUGGGACCGCGUCGCGUUCCUGAGACAGUCUUUGCAGCAGAGUCUGCAGACGCUUUUGGAAACUGACAUAAAGUUCUGCCAGGCGGAGAAUGUCGAGCAGCACUUCUGGAAGAUUUUGUUUUACAACAUCAUCGAAAUGCUGAGGAAGAUCAUGCCCAAGGAAGGACCCGAGGGCAGGGAAGUUUGCAAGAAAAUAAUGCUGAAGAUUAUUGACGACGGCACUGUCUACUUUGAAAACUUAUUGACUCUGCUGGAGAAUACUUAUAAGUUCAAGUUGGAAGUUUUUUUAUCCUCGGCUGCUCCUCCCAAGGGUUUGGGUUUCGUUGGUCUGGCUCUGGUUAGUGCGCAGAAGAUUUUUUUGUUCCUUGGGGAUCUUGCGAGAUACAAAGAACAGGCCAAUGAGACGACUAAUUACGGGAAAUCUCGGCAGUGGUAUCUCAAAGCACAGCAAAUAAAUCCGAAAAAUGGAAGACCGUAUAAUCAAUUAGCUCUUUUGGCUCAUUAUGCUAGACGCAAAUUAGAUGCUGUCUAUUUCUACAUGCGUUCAUUGAUGGCUUCAAACCCGUUUCAUUCAGCGCGCGAAAGCUUAAUCGCACUCUUCGAUGAAAAUAGAAAAAAGUACGAAUCAACAGAGCGGAAACGUAAAGAAGAACGUGAGUGGAAAGAACGUGCCAGGAUGAAAGAAAAAGAGGGUGCGAACAACAUUGCCGGUGGAUUAAGACGCGAAACUUGGAUCCAUCCUGGCGGCAGGAGAAUGAGACGUACAACAUCCACGGCUAGUGUUUCUGAAAAUAAAUUACCUCCUAGUGACUUAGAAGAUUUGGCGCAACUUAGUAGUGUUGAGGUAAACAAGCGAUUUGUGACCUCGUAUCUCCACGUCCAUGGGAAAUUAAUAACAAAAAUAGGGAUGGAGACUUUUCAAGAAGCCGGUGUGCAAAUGUUGCGCGAAUUUCGAGCCCUAUUGCAGCAUUCGCCUCUUCCACUUCCUGGCACAAGACUACUACAGCUUCUUGCUCUCAACAUGUUUGCCAUCGAGACGACACAGCUGAAGGAUUCACAAAUGGAACAAGGCUAUCGAUCAGAAGUACAGGAACGCGCCCUAGUGGUGUCGCUGCAGAUGUUCAAUCUGAUUCUGGAGCGAAGUGUCGCGCUGCUGAGAGAAGAACUGGAUAAGAAGGAGAAGGAACGCCCGAGGCUGAUUGUUGACGAAGACAUGCAGGUCCUUUUGCCAACUAUCAAGAUCUGGUGCGAUUGGAUGCUUUGCCACAGCACAGUCUGGAACCCGCCACCCUCGUGUACAGAUUAUCGAGUUGGGCCGAUAGGCGACGCAUGGAGCAGACUGGCAACGAUGGUAAAUCUCCUAGAAAAGCUGCCGUAUCCGCGAAAAAUAGUUAUUCACGCACGUGAAGCUAUUGGACGGGAGAACGAAUUAAAUUUAGUUAAAUUACCCGAAGACGCGACGCUGUCUGGCUUCACGCCUCUCAUGUCCAAUCCCCAGGACUCGUUUUACGCCGAAAAGACUGAGGACAUGGAAGUGGCCCAAGUGUGCUUACGUAUACAAAAAAUAUUGUUUUUCGGACAAGUUUUCCUCUGUGGUCUCGAGACACCGGUACUGAAGUUACAAAAAAAUGAAUUCGGCGUCAGCGAAUACGUUUCUUUGGUCGAGACAUCCAGUACAAGUUCUCCGAAUUCGCCUCCGGAGCAGAGUGAUUCGGAAUUAUUAGUAGAUAGUUACAGCGAAGGUGAGGAAGAACCAACGUCUCUAUUAAAACGUUUAUCCAAUGAUUCCCUCGCGGAAUCCGAGAUACGACUGCUAAUUGAGCGGAAAGAAGAAUUGGAGAGACGUCAGCGAAAGCAAGAACGUCAUCGGCAGCGUGUUCAGGCAAUACUGCAAAAGUCAUCGGUUUCAGUGGAAAUAGAAGUCAGACCGCGGCAAUUGGUCCCUGAUACGAACUGCUUCAUAGACUAUUUGCCGCAACUGCAGCGCAUCGCUAAAACAACCUCAGGACCACAUCCGUUAUUCACAUUAAUGAUUCCUCUCGUCGUUUUAAAUGAACUGGAGGGUUUAGCACGUGGAGCCGAUGCCAGAGACUGUCCGCCGAGUUCACGAUCGUCAUUGGAUCCCGAGCACAUCGCUCGAGUCGCGGAUUCAGCAAAAGCGGCUCUGGCCUUCGCCAGAAGUAAGAAUCCGGCAAUAAGAUGUCUCACCACCAGAGGAACUGUAUUAACUUCAAGUAUUUUUACCGUCGAAGACGACGUCAGGCUCAACGAGCUCGCCAGCAAUGACGACAGAAUUUUGGCCACUUGUCUGAGUCUCUGUCGCUCUAAAGAUCAAGUUCCCGCUGAUGAAGGGCAACCAAGACGUCUUCGACGUGACGUAGUUCUACUUACGGAGGACAGGAACCUCAGGGUCAAGGCUCUAGCUCGGGAUGUUCCAGUCCGAGAGGUUCCCGAUUUCAUGCUCUGGGCCGGUCUUGGUUAAUAAAAUAAACAAUUCUAUUAUUAUUAUUAUUAUUAAUUAUUAAUUAAUUAGCUAUUGUUAUUAAUAAACAAUUUAUAUUUAUAUAUUUGUUUAUUACAUAAAUCAAUAAUCUAUUUUUCUCUGUACUUAGUGAUCAUGCAACGUCCUCUAAGACUUAACUUCUCAUUAGAUAAAUUAAAAGUAACCAAAUAAAUUUUAAAUGCAAUUUUAAAUAAUUUUUUAAAAUUUAAAUAAAUAAUUUUUUUUUUUAAAUCUAUUUACUUGUAAUAUAUAUUAAUAAACUUCUACAUCUUUUGGUGUAUGCGUAAUCAAGCUCUCUGAUAUUUUUUUUUCUCAGAGAUUUUAAAAUGAAAAUGACACUUUUUUUUCCUUUUACUUUUUGACAAUUGUUGUAGAUUUUAAAUAUUAAAUUUGAAUAUAUAUAUAUACGUAUACAAUAUAUGUAUAUUUAAUAAUACAAAUAUAUAAAUAUAUGUUUAGUAUUUUUAUUACGUCAUAGAUGCACUGAUAAAUAGAUUAUAUUUAAUGAUAAUGACCAACAUUUUUUCUUAGAUUUGUUAAGAAGGGCCAAUCAAAAUGUCAUGCAUUUUAUUAUUAUUAAAUAUAUAUAUAUAAAUAUAUAUACAUAGGAAAAAAAAAGAUUUCUUGGCUCAAGAGAAUAUUUUUUUGGCUAAAAAAAUUUUUUUUUUUUAAUUCAUAAUGCAAAAAAUUACUGAGGACAAUUAAAAAUUUUCUGUAAGAAAAAAUUUCUUGGGUCAAGGAAUCUUUUUUCUUUGUACAUAUAUAAAUAUAUAUAUAAAUAAAUGUAGACUGUAGAUUGUUUCAAGUGGCCGUUGGUGAUUAUCACGACGGCAAGUUAGUUUAUUGUUUAGAUAGACCAUUUAAUUGACUAUUGUUUAACAUUCCGCGGGAAUUGCAACUGUCGUUAGUGAGCACAUGAUUGAUUUAAAAGUUAUAUGACUAAUGAUAUUGUGUAGUAAAAUGAAAUUACCCAAAAAACAAAAAAGAGAAUUAAAAAAAUAAAUAAUUGUAACCUUUGGAUAUUUUUUAGACUAGUUUUGUUUGUAUCUUAUGCGUGCUCAUGGUAAUGAACAAAAGUAUAAAUAAAUAAAUAAAUAAAUUAUAAAAAUGAA